AUGGAGAAGGAAAUUGAAAACAGGAGCAUAGUAUGUUACACGCCAAUGAUAAUGACGAAUGGGAUAUGGCAAGGAGAAAAUCCACUGAAUUAUUCCCUCCCUCUUUUCAUGUUUCAACUCAUCAUCAUCGCCCUCACCAACCGUGCAUUAUUCUACAUACUUAAACCCCUUCGCCAACCUCGUGUUGUCUCCGAAAUCAUUGGUGGGGUGAUUCUUGGACCGUCGGUUAUGGGAAAGGUGCCCCAUUUCGCAGAGAUUUUAUUUCCGUUGAGAAGCAUUAAAAUGCUUGAGACCACUGCUAAUAUGGGUCUCAUCUUCUUCCUCUUUCUCGUUGGUGUAGAGAUGGACAUUGAAGUUCUCAAACGUACAAAGCAUAAGGCCUUAGUCAUUGCCAUCUCCGGCAUGAUUAUCCCUAUUGCAAUUGGAACUUCUACAUCUUUCUUCGUCCGCUCUUACGUCACAAAUGACAUUCAAAACAGCGCCUUCCUUCUCUUCUUCGGUGUCAUCCUCUCUGUAACUGCUUUCCCCGUCCUCUCUCGCAUCCUCACCGACCUCAAGCUCUUCAACACCAACCUUGGGAGGAUCGCCAUGUCCGCUGCUCUCAUCAAUAGCAUCAUCGGAUGGGUGAUGUUCACCAUUGCAGUCGCCCUUGCUCGGAACGAAAAUUCCCCUGUUGCUUCCCUUUGGGCUGUCCUCUCCGCAGCUGCCUAUGUUUUCAUUUGUAUCUUCAUGGUGAGGCCUGCCAUCAUUCGGGUAAUACAACAAACACCUGAUGGGGAGUCAUUCGAUGACCUACACAUAUCCAUGAUCCUCUGCGGCGUUAUGGUGUGUGGAUUGAUUGCAGAUGUGAUUGGAAUACAUUUCAUAUUUGGGUCUUUUGUGUUUGGGCUUGUGAUACCGAAUGGGCCGUUGGGGGCUGCAUUAGCCGAGAAGCUGGAGGAUUUUGUGUCGGGACUGAUGCUGCCACUCUUCUUCACCAUCAGCGGACUAAAGACGAAUUUGUCAUAUGUAGAGACAGAGGAGGGGUUGGUUCUAAUGGGAAUAAUUCUAGCGGCCUGCAUUGGCAAGGCCAUCAGCACUUUGAUAGUCGCCAUCUGUUAUGGGAUGCCACUGCGUGAAGGAUUUUCGCUUGGGAUGUUCAUGAACACCAAAGGGCUACUCGAACUGAUCGUAAUCAACAUCGAAAGAGAUAAGCAGGUGCUGGACGAGAAGGCUUUCGCGAUCAUGGUGAUAACGGGAGUUCUAGCGACGAGCAUCAUCACACCUGUGGUCUUAAUGGCCCACCGUAGAGCCCGAACAAACAUAUCAUACAAACGUCGAUUUAUAGACAGCAAGCUCAACAUGGAACUACGUAUACUAGCAUGUAUACAUACUCCUCGUAAUGUCCGUACCAUCAUCAAACUCCUCGAAGCAUCCUAUGCAACUAAGAAAUCUCCGAUUUCCAUUUACGCACUCCAUCUUGUCGAGCUCACCGGCCGAUCAUCAGAUAUGGUGACUGUCCACAACAUGCAUAAAGGCCAUAGAUGGAUUGAGAACCACAACAUGGGCAGUUCUUCUCAGAUUAUUAAUGCAUUUAAGAACUAUGAGAAGAAGGUGGAAGGUGUAUCAGUUCAAACUCUAACGGCUAUAUCACCCUACUCAACCAUGCAUGAAGAUAUAUGUGAUGUAGCUUUAGAUAAGUGUGUGGCAUUCAUCAUCAUUCCAUUUCACAAACAACAGAAGGUUGAUGGAGGGAUGGAGACUGAGCAUCCAGCUUUCCGUACCAUCAAUCAAAAUGUCUUGGCUAGUGCUCCUUGUUCAGUAGGGAUUCUUAUAGACCGUGGUCCUGGUGGGAUUAACCGUUUAGAUUACCAUAUAGCUGUGCUUUUUUUCGGUGGGCCAGAUGAUCGAGAGGCUUUAUCUUAUGCAAUGAGGAUGGUGGAACAUCCAGGCAUACAUCUGACUGUAGUGAGGCUCUUGGAGGGUGAGCUGAUGACAAAUCCAUGUGAAGAUGAGAGUAUAUUGACAGUGAUUACUGAUAAUGGAGAAAGGCAGAUUGAUGAUGAAUUUAUUAAUGAGUUUAGACAGAAGAAAGUGGAUGAUGAAGCUGUGUUAUAUACAGAGAGGGUGGUGAAGAAUGUGGAGGAAAUGGUGUCUGUGGUAAGUGGGAUCGAUAAUAGUCUUGAUCUUUAUAUAGUUGGACGUGGACAAGGGAUGAUGACUCAGCUUACAGUAGGACUGACGGAUUGGAGCGAUUGUCCGGAGCUUGGGGUGAUAGGAGAUAUGCUGGCAUCGUCGGAUUUUGCAGCGACUGUGUCGGUGUUGGUGGUGCAGCAGUAUGUGGGGGAAGUGAAGGAGGAGAGGGUGGAGACACCAGAUAGUCCGAUGCUGCAGAGAGAACAGCUGUUGGAUAACAUACAGAUGAAUGAUUUUAAGGUGUCUAGUGUUAGUGGAGCCUAUGGUAGUGGGCCUGCAUGGAGUUCUAGUACAGUCGAUCCUUAA